AUGGCUCCUACCAAACAACAGCAAGCACAAAAAGGACCGAAGAAGGGCGGAAAAAAGAAGACCGCCGAUCCCUUCGCUAAGAAGGAAUGGUACGAGCUACGAGCUCCAUCAGUGUUCACAAAAAGGAAUUGUGCACGCACUCUUAUUACUCGUACCCAGGGUACUAAGAUUGCUAGCGAGGGUCUCAAAGGACGUGUCAUUCAACUCAGCCUUGGCGACCUGAACGACAAAACCCAGGACAUUUUCCGAAAGUUUAAGUUGCAGGUUGAGGACGUCCAGGGUCGACAGUGUCUUACGAAUUUCCAUGGAAUGGAUCUCACACGCGAUAAGCUAUGUGGACUAGUUUUCAAAUGGCAGUCUACGAUCGAGGCUCAUGUGGACGUCAAGACUACGGAUGGAUAUACUCUCCGAUUCUUCGUUAUUGCCUUCACCAAGAAACAAGAUGCGCAGAAUAUCCCCGAUUCUAUUGGCCAGGAUGCUCGCAAAGAGGCGUCUAGGAUAUUCCCACUUAGUGGCGCUUAUGUGCGGAAGGUUAAAGUCCUGAAAAAACCAAAACUUGACCUCGGUCGUCUGAUGGAACUCCAUGGCGAAGGCAAGGAAGAAGAGGCCGGUGAAAGCGUCGAACGGGCUGACCACUAUGAGCCACCAGUUGUCGAUGCUGUUUGA